GCGAAACUCCACGAAAAUGUGAUGAUGUUUCAUGGGUCCACUUACCCAACUUUUCACCAACUCCAAACCGGUUAAAGUUACCGGUCUAAUAACCUCCCACUAUCUUAUUUCAUUAUUCAAAAAGAGAUACUAAACCGGUACUUCUAGUUCCAUAUAUUUUGUGACCAAAAUCUUAAAAACAUUUCAGGCUUGAAACCACAAAAGAAAGAGAUCAAGAAACAUAAGUAGAAUAAAAAAUACCACAAAAAUGGCUGAUGUCGUAGUAGAGAAGCAAAUCACAAAUGUAUACAAGCAAGAAGAACAGCAACAAACUAAAGAAAUCAAGCAUUCUGAGGUUGGACAUAAGAGUCUUCUUCAAAGUGAUGCUCUAUAUCAGUAUAUUCUUGAGACUAGUGUCUAUCCAAGAGAACCAGAGCCCAUGAAGGAGCUCAGAGAAAUCACCGCUAAACAUCCAUGGAAUCUUAUGACAACAUCUGCAGAUGAAGGGCAAUUUUUGAAUAUGCUUAUUAAGUUGAUUAAUGCAAAGAACACCAUGGAAAUUGGGGUUUACACUGGUUACUCUCUUCUUGCUACCGCUCUUGCACUUCCUGAUGAUGGAAAGAUAUUGGCAAUGGAUAUAAACAGGGAAAAUUUUGAAUUGGGUUUACCAGUGAUGCAAAAAGCUGGUGUUGCCCACAAAAUAGAUUUCAGAGAAGGUCCUGCCUUGCCUCUUCUUGAUCAAUUGCUUGAAGAUCCCAAGAAUCAUGGAUCAUAUGAUUUCAUUUUCGUUGAUGCGGACAAAGACAACUAUUGGAACUACCACAAGAGGUUGAUUGAUCUUGUAAAGGUAGGAGGACUUAUCGGCUACGACAACACCCUAUGGAACGGCUCUGUGGUUGCGCCACCAGAUGCUCCGAUGAGGAAAUACGUUAGGUACUACAGAGACUUUGUGUUGGAAUUCAACAAAUCUAUUGCUGCUGAUCCGAGAGUCGAAAUUUGCCAGCUUCCGGUAGGUGACGGUGUUACCCUAUGUCGCCGAGUUAACUGAUUUUUCUCAACAAUCACGGUCGCCAUCACUCACCAACUAUUGGAAAGCUUUUUUUUUUUUUUUUUUUUUUUUUUUUUUUUUUUUUUGCAGUGUUAUGCAUAUUUACUAUACUCUUGUUUGUAUAAUUGAUUAUUGAAUGAUAUGAUAUGAACCAACAGACAAACUGAUGCUGUGGCAUAGGUCUGUAAUAAUUAGAGUUUUUGUUACAGUUCUAUUUUUUUUUUCUUCAGUCAACCAUUAGUAAAGAAGGAAUCUCGUAGAGUGUUGCUAAACUUCGUCAUCCCUU